AUGCAUGCAGAGAUGCAGAUCAACUUCGCGGCAAGUCGUGGAUCCUCCGAAGUACUACUCUUGCAGAGCAAGGUCGAGAGGAUCCUAGCAGUAGCAAUUGAAGCCGUGGAGAACGCGCGUUCCAAGGCACUUCGCCGCCGGGUGGGGCAGCGACUUCGCAAGAAGCUCAGCAAAGUGCUGCACCAGAAGGAGUUCGAGCAGGCCGUGGCGAUUUUCAUGCAGAAGGAGUCUGAGCUAAGCAGGGAGGAGGCAUCGUUGAAGGAGGACCAGCAGGAAGGUUGCGACUCUUCCGUCCAAACACCGCGCUCCUCAGCAGAUGUGGGAUCCUUCUCCAGGCAAACCACACUCCAGCCCAUGAUCGCGAACAGUGCCACGUGCUCGAACAGCCUGCCAUGCCAGGCGGCGAUGGCCAUCCCAGUUCCGGUGAUCGCAGUGCCAUUCUUGGUGCCAGUUCUUGCGGCACCUGCUCGAGCCGUAGCACAGCAAUCCGGUCAUCCUCACGAGGUUGCUGUCCCGUCGCUCGCAGAUGCGCAGGCACUGGAGGAAGCGGAGUUGGAAAAGACAGCCUUCUUGCGGUCCAUCACCCGAACCACCGGUACCACAGAAGAUGGGGCAUCAACGCUUUCCGCUAUGGAUGACGAUGACAUCGCAGAUCGCCGCCUGGAGUGGAUUCGUGCUGUCACCGAACAGAGCCCUGCACCGGUUGAGCGCACCUUCAUCCAGUUCAACACCAAGCUGACAGUGAGUCACCGGAGAUCGAGCUCCCGCUAA